AUGUGUGAAAAAAAGCCAUCAAUAUUUUUUUCACAAUUGAAAGCAAUGAUUAUUAGAAAUAUUUUAUUAAAAAAGCGUGAAAAACGAAAAACAACAGCUGAAAUAUUUUUACCACUAUAUUCAUUAGGUGUAUUAAUUUUUAUAAAAAUUUUAAUUCCAAAUCCAAAUUUUCCGGAAAUGUCUGUGGCACGAGGUGAUGCAAAAUUAUUUGAACAUUUUCAACAAUUUAAAAAUCAUACGGUUGCUGUUGUACCAAAUACUACCGAAACAAUGAAAUUUUUGGAUGCCGUAAAUACAUUAUGGUUAACAAUGCACUUAGAUCCAGGUUUACAUCCUAUUAAUUGGUUAGUGUUUGAUACACAAGAAGAUUUACUAGCAGCAUAUUGGAAACAGCCAUCCGAUAUUCCAAUUGCUGUGAUCUUUCAAAAUGAUGAUCCAAUUUCUGGACCACUUAAAUACGAAAUUCGAACAAAUCCCACGUAUGUGGUGACACCGUUAACAAAUGAACUAUACUCAAGUCCGGCAACAUGUCGUCAGAUGAGUAGUCAUUGGUCGGGUGUAUUCCCGAUUGAAACGGGUGAAAGUUGUCCAGUAAAUCAGUAUUAUUAUUCUGGAUUUGUUGCAUUACAAGCAUUAUUGGAUUAUACAAAAAUUCGGUUGGAUACAAAUAAUAACAAUAUCCAAGUGCCACAUAUUUUAUUGGAAAUGUUUCCAAAAGAAGCGUAUAUUGGUAAUUGGAUGGUUGCAUUCCGUGUAAUUAUUCCAUUAUAUAUGGUUAUGGCUCUAUCACAAUGUAUUACAUAUUUAUUGAUUUUAAUUGUGGGUGAAAAGGAGAAUAAAAUUAAAGAAGGAAUGAAAAUUAUGGGUUUAAAAGAUUCUGUAUUUUGGUUAUCAUGGUUUAUAAUUUAUGGAAUAUUUGUAUUAAUUUUAUCAAUUAUUAGCUGUGUUUUACUAUUUACACUUCAAGUAUUCCAAAAUACAAACAUAUUUUUAAUAUUCUUAUUGGUUUUACUGUACAGUUUGUCUGUUGUAAUGUUUGGAUUUAUGAUAACACCAUUUUUUGAUAAAUCACGGACGGCUGGCAUUCUUGGAAAUUUUGCAGUAAAUUUAAUGAGCUUACUAUAUUUUAUCCAAGUAUUUAUAGAUGAUUCAAGUUCGGCAGCAUUUUGGACAGUGUCAUUAAUUAGUUCUACCGGAUUUGCUCUGGCUAUGGAUAAAGCAUUGGUUUUAGAUAUGUCUGGAGAGGGUGUUAAUUUUAAUAAUAUUUGGUCGGGUCCAGGCAUACCUUUUGGUGGAAGUAUAAUUAUGAUGAGCUUGGAUAUUGUUUUAUAUGGAUUAUUAGCUUAUUAUUUGGAUAGUGUAGUUCCAAGUGAACAUGGAACCAAACGAUCGUUUUGUUUUUGUUUCAACAUCACCUAUUGGUGUCCAAAAAAACUUAUUCCACAAGUACGUGUAAAUGCGAUUUCCGUUCAAAAUGGCGAUUCCGGUUCAUUUAAUCGUUGUGACGAUGAUGAAUCACAAUUAAUACCACAAGAUAUUGAACCGGUACCACGGGAAAUGAAAGGUCGUGAAGCUAUACGAAUUGUUGAUUUACAUAAAUCAUUUAUAAAGCAGUGUCGAUCGGCCGAAGUGAAAGCUGUGAAUGGUAUUAAUUUAACGAUUUACGAAGGGCAAAUUACAGCGAUCUUAGGUCAUAACGGGGCUGGAAAAACAACAAUAUUUAAUAUUUUAACUGGAUUAACAGCACCCACUUCUGGAACGGCUCUUGUAUUUGGUUAUGAUAUUAGAGAUCCCACAGGAAUGCAAUGUAUACGUCGCAUGACUGGAGUAUGUCCUCAACAUGAUAUAUUAUUCGAUUUAUUGACACCUAGAGAACAUUUGCUGUUUUUUGCUGCAAUUCGAGGAAUUCCACCAUCUUUAAUUGAAUGCGAAGUUACAAAAACUUUACGUGACAUUGAUUUGGCAGAAAAGGCUGAUACUUAUGCAAAAUACUUAAGUGGUGGGCAAAAACGUAAAUUAAGUGUAGGCAUUGCAGUUAUUGGUGAUCCAAAAAUAAUUAUUUUGGAUGAACCCACAGCUGGUGUAGAUCCAUAUUCUAGACGGCACAUGUGGUCUGUACUUCAAAAUCGUCGUCAUGGUAAAGUUAUCUUACUUACCACACAUUUUAUGGAUGAAGCUGAUAUUUUGGCUGAUCGUAAGGCAGUCGUAUCGAAAGGAAAAUUACGAUGUUGUGGUAGUUCACUAUUCUUAAAGAAUAAAUUCGGUAUUGGAUAUCAUUUAACGCUAGUCCUUGAAGGUGGAUGUCGUGAAUAUGCAAUAACACGUCUUGUAACAUCACACGUCCAUAAAGCGGAAAAAGCACGUCGUCAUGGACGUGAAUUAAGUUUUAUUUUACCACAUAAUGCAGUCGAUAAUUUUGCACCAUUAUUUUCGGCAAUCGAACAAGAAAUUAAUAAUAAACAAAGUCGUUUAGGUAUUUCAAGUUAUGGUGUUUCGAUGACCACAUUAGAAGAAGUUUUCCUACACUUGGAAAAGGGUAACGAUGAGGAACCUGAUGAAUGUACUAUGGAUGAUCUGUCGAAGAAAAUGGUACGGAAUCGUGCGCUGAGUCGAAGUUUAAGUUUACAAAGUAAAAGUACUAGUUAUCAAUCGCUGCAAAAUGAGGGUUUGACGACUUUAACUGAUGUCACGCAAUUGAAUAAAACUGCACCGAUAUUGGAGAAUGAAGUAGAUUCAAAUACUUUUAAUACUUACACCAAACAUCAAGCUGUAACCGGACUCGGAUUAGAGAAUAUAAUUACCAAACCGAAUUCAUUUCAAAUACUUUUAGCCCUGUUACGUUUAAGAAUUUUACGUUUAUGUCGUGAUUUACAAAAAUUAUAUUUUAUGAUAGCCUUACCAAUAGCAUGUGCCGCAUUUGGUCUUUAUAUCAAUAGUACCCAAGUGAUUGAACCAAAAAUGUCUACGCUCUUGUUAAACGGCGACACAUAUGGGAAAAAUACUAAACUUACAAUUUACAAUGCUACAGCAGAUUCAACAAACUUAGAUGAUUUCUACGAUGAGUUGUAUAACGCAGGUGCAUUGGAAAUCGAUACAUAUAAUGGAAAUUUCUCAUUGUUGUUAGAUAUUUCACCACAUUUGGCAGCACUGAAUGUGAAUUUAUUUACACCACCUAAUAUUAGCGUCACUACUAUGUAUAAUGAUACCGCGCAACAUAGCUUACCAAUUAUUAUCAAUUUAUUAAGUAAUGCCAUCUAUCGAAUAAUGAUGCAACAACAAAUUGAUGAAGGUGGGGGUGCUGGUGGGGCAAGUAUGUCCGAUUGGCAACCAAUUGAAAUACGUACACAUCCAUUACAGCAGACAUCGCAACCGGAAGCUUUUAAUGUUGGUGUAUGUUCAACGGCUGUGUUGCUGGGAAUGAUUUUUAUUUUAGUUCCGGUUAGUUUGGCUGUGGAUAUGGUUUAUGAUCGAGAGAUCCAAGCAAAAAAUCAACUACGUGUCAAUGGUUUAUCAUUUUUUAUGUAUUUUUUUACAUAUUGUUUAGUUUUAUUCGGUUUAAUGGUAUUCAUUGCGGCUGCACUAUUAGGAUUAAUAUUAUUGUUUGAUUUACCAUCAUUGCGUGAAGCACCAGCCUUUCUUACUUUAGGUCUAUUAAUCUUAUUGUAUUGUCCGUCAUCAAUAUUAUUUGCUACAUGUAUUUCGUAUAUAUUUGAUAAAAUGGAUUCGGCACAAUCGAUUCUACCAAAUAUUGCUACGUUUAUUGGUUUAUUACCGUUUAUUGUUGUUAUGUUGUUGGAUAUGUUAAGAUUAGGUGGACGUUUAGCUUAUAUAAUGCACGUGAUAUUUUCAUUAAUCAAUACAAUGUAUGUACCAUAUGCAAUUGUUUAUUUUGUGGAUCGUGUCCAUUUAAUGUGCCGUUUAAAUAGUGCAUGCAAUGAGCUAACAUUUGGUGAUUAUAUGAGUGAUGAGAAUUUAGUAAUUAUUGUAAUUGGUACAUUAUUGCAUAUACCAAUUAUGUCAUGUAUUUUAUUAAUUGCUGAUGUUAAAAAGAGUGGGGGUAAAUUAAGUGAUGCCUUUCGAUGUUUAUUGAAUAAUAAAGUAUUAUCGACACCAAUAGAUGAAGAAUGUAAUGAUAAUUUAGAUAUUAGUGAAUAUGAAGAUUCCGAUGUAAAAUUGGAACGUUUAAAAGUGAAAAAUAUAUUAAAUAAGAAAAGCGAUGAAAAGCCGGUAGUUUUGGUACAGAAUUUACGUAAAGAAUAUCAUAAAACAGAAUUACAACUAUGCCCAUGUUGUACUAAAUCUACGGACACAUUAGUUGAGAGUCCUUCAAAAGGAUGUGGUGGUUCCUUUAAAGAUUCGAGUCAAAGUAAAUUAGCUUUAAGAAAUUUAUCAUUAGCUGUGGAUGCAGGUGAAGUAUUUGGUUUACUUGGGCAUAAUGGAGCUGGUAAAACAACUACAAUGCGUAUAAUGAUUGCCGAAGAGGCACCGACAUGCGGGAGCGUUCAAGUAUGUGGACAAAAUAUAAAUUCAAACACCCAUGAAGCAUUCCAAUUAAUGGGCUAUUGUCCACAACAUGAUGCGCUAUGGAAAAAUAUAACUGUGCGAGAACACUUGGAAUGUUACGCUGCAAUUCGAGGAGUACCAAGUAGAGACAUAUCACGCUUAAUCGAUUUAUACCUCGAAGGUUUACAAAUUCAUGAACAUGCUUCAAAACAAACACAACAUUGUUCGGGUGGGACACGUCGUAAGUUAAGUUUUGCAAUGGCAAUGGUUGGUGGUCCAAAAGUAGUAUUAAUGGAUGAGCCUAGUACUGGGAUGGAUCCGCGUAGUAAACGAUUUUUAUGGGAUACAAUAUUAGCUAGUUUUCAAGGGAAACGUGGUGCAAUUCUAACAACACAUUCUAUGGAAGAAGCUGAUGCAUUGUGUUCACGUGUUGGAAUUAUGGUGAAAGGAGAAUUACGGUGUAUUGGUUCCACGCAACACUUAAAAAAUUUAUACGGGGCAGGCUAUACAUUAGAAAUUAAAUUACGUUCACCGACGAUUAAUUCUGGAGAUGGUACUCCACCAGCGGGUAAUCAUGAUUAUUUAAGUGCACGUGAAUAUGUAGAACAAAUGUUCCCGGAUGCAACAAUACAAGAAAGUUUUGCCGAUCGUUUAGUUUACAGUGUUCCACAACAGUCUGUGACAUCAUUAGCACAGUGUUUUAAGCAAUUAGAAAAAGCAAAAACCGAAUUGGAUAUUGAAGAAUAUAGUUUUAGUCAAACAACGUUAGAACAAGUGUUCCUAAAAUUCGCCCAAUACGAUGAAAUCAAUAAUGAACUAUAAAAAGAAAGAACUCUAU